AUGCGCGAGUACAGCAUUACUCUGCACGCUGUGCUGCUGAAAGGGAGGGUGGACGGCCAAGAGGCAGCGGCAGGACCGCAGACGAUGAUGGGGACGCAGGAGGAGGAAGGGCAGGGGCCAGGGAGCAGCAGCGGGCAUGCUGUUCCGGGUGAAGCCACGCGUGCUGCCCACCACAUCAUACCGAGGGACCUGCUGGUAGCUCCUGGGUUCACCAUCAAGGUCUGGUCAUUCAAGAAGACCUUUCCCCAACGCCUGCCUCCCCUGAAGCUGCUCUCCCAACUCGCCCCUCCCUCUGACCCCUCUGCCACUGGAGACGUGAAGAUGGAGAGAGAAUACCGAGUGGUGGAGAGCGGUGCAGAUGGGCACGGGGAGGGCGGAGGGGGGGGGGGAGGUGGGGGGGAUGAAGGAGGGGAAGGGGAGGAAGGGGGAGUGGGUGAGAGAGGAGAGGGAGGGGGCGAGGAGUUGGAGACAGUGGGGUUGGAUGAGCUUGUGCGGGCAUACAAGUAUGGGCCUCAGGUCAUUCCAGUGAGUGAGUAUGACCGCAUGGCGAACCGGUUCCACGCAGAAAAGGGGAUUCAGAUAAUCGGCUUCACAAUGCGAGACCAGAUCCCCAGGCACUACUUCAUAAAGGACACGGCCAUUCUCCUCCCCGAGCCAAGCAAUACCAAAGCCGCUCUCGCCCUCUCAGCUCUCGCCCAGGCCAUGGAAGCUUCUGGGAAGGUGGCAAUCGUGCGGUUCAAGCUCACCAACCGAGCAGACUCGGGCGUGGCACUGGGCGUGUUGACACCGUGGUGUAGAGGGACGAGGGGGUUUGCAGAGGAGGAAGAUGAAUGUGUGCCCGACCUGCUAAUGUUCAACACCAUCCCCUUCACUGAGGACAUCCGGGAGUUCUCCUUCCCGUCCCUCGAAGCCGCGCGCCGCCCAAUCAGCAGCCGACAGCUGUCCAGAGCAGCGCAGCAGCAGCGCUGGUGCAGGCGAUGUCUCUAG